AUGGCUACGUAUGCAAAGCUGGCGUGUGAGUGCUUUGCCUCUGUGUACCCACGAGUGUUUCUCUAUGUGAACCAGGAUCGUUCACCUGUUUCACACCAUCUCUGGCAGAUUGUCACUGCUAUCAAGGAGCGUAUUCAACUGACGCUUGACGGUGGGGCGUUAGGUGCGCGCAUUGGAGCAGCGAAAGCAUGCCAACGUCUCAUUCAAGUUCAAACAAGACCAGAUGGUGAUCCGAGGCUUCAAAACCGCGCAGAAAUCAACCUGAAUGCUGUACCUCCUGACCAUCCUUUCCUGCAGACAGCGACGCUUGAAGGUGAAGCUGAUCAGGUGUUUACAAAGCUUGUGGCACUCCUCUACACAUGCAAAGCUCCCAGUCUUGUCAUGGGCGUAACACAAGUGCUUACGCGACUUGCACGUCUGCGCUCCAAAUUGAACAAGGUAGUGAUUGAAGCAUUCGUGAGCUGGACUCCGUCUGCGUUGACAUCCCUUGCACCUGUACACAUCCGCAGUGUAGAAAAUACUGUCCGACUCGCGAUGGUGCAUUUCCUUCAACAUGGAUCUGUGGAGCCGCAAACGACGCAGCUCACGCAUGCUCUUGAGCGGCAGAAACAACGUAUGGAUGUGGCCUUGCGCGAGGCUCAAGCAGCACAACGAGAUGGCUUGUCACGGAAACGCGAAGCCCUCAAAGAUUCGGACGGCGUGAUGGCCUCCAAACGUAGUCGCGCCUCGACUCCCACUGAUCCUCGUCGGCCUGCAGGACUUACGGCCCAUGAUAUUGCGCGACUACCGUUGGAGCAAGUAGUUGAUGCUAUCAUCGCGGGCUUGCAAAGCGUGCCCGAAAAGCGACUGAAGACUGCAAUCGCUUCGUUUGUGAGUGCUGUGUCGCCAGCUGCGCCUACGGAACCUGUGGAUCCACUGAAGAUGGAUGUGGGUGAUGAGGACGUUCCUGUGGUUCCUGCGUCAGCUGCGGGCGCCGCCGUCACGACUCCUGGCACAGCUAUCACCUCUGACGCUGGAUCGGGAGGAUUGGAGGCAGAGGACACAGCACCACUAGCUAGCUUAGAGCAUUUUGAGUUGCCUGAGCCUGCACGCCUGGAGCAACGCGAAGCGCAGGCGCUUAUUAUUGACUCAGUAACACGAAUCUGUGAGUCUGGCAGUCAGCUCGUGCCACCUCAAGCCCUAGAGCGGGCCUCCGAAGGUCAUGCCGCAUUGUGGAUCAAGUUGGUCGUGCGCCUGGCGACCCGUGGACUCGAUAUGUAUGGAACUAAUGCGACACCACCGCCUGAACUCCAGGCUCAGGCUGAUAAAGUGCGUGCACUACUUUUGGACUUUGUAAGUCAGGACUUUAGUGCUCGUCGCGGUAUUGCACUUCAAUGGCUUAUGGAGGAAUGGGCCUGUGACAGACUGCGCCAGAAACAGGGUGCUCAGUCUGAGCAUUAUCUCAUGUGUCUCGAUAAGAUGUUGGAUACGCAGCUUAGUUCACCCAACAUCGAUGACAUUGCUCUUGGCACGUUCUUGCGUGAAUUGCCGCAAGUCCCUCUCGUGGUCCUGGAUCGUUUGUAUGAACUAUGUCUGGAUCGAAGUACAAUUGGUGAGGGAUUUUCACUGCUCCGCGAUGUGAGCGCUGCAAGGCCCCCUCUCCGUGUGCCGGUGUGUCACAAAGUUUUGCAGCUAACACGUCAUAGCGAGCGACUCGUUCGUGGACGUGCUAUUGUGACGGCACGUACAUGGGUGUUGCAAAAAGGGCCUCUUGCAGAAGUGGUGCUGUCAUUUGCUCGCGAGUCGCUCCAGCUGUUGGUUGAAGAAGCCCGUGCCAAUGAGACUCAAGAGGAGGCUCAGGAUACCAGUGUAGAGGCUGAAGAGGCGGAUGAAACGGCAGCAGACCCACUCGGAUUAAGUGAACAAGAUGUGUUGCGUCUCAUUGAGCUUGCGCUUGUGUUGAGUGUGAAACAGCCAAGCUUCUUCGCCGAAGUUGUGCGAAUAUACCCGCAUGUGCCGGCUCCUGUUCAGGCGGCCAUGCAAAAACAUGUUACGCCUGUCGCUCGUUCUGUCGGACCAAACAGCACGGCAUUACUCGAUGUUUUGCGCGCAUAUCCGGAGGGCGCUGACACACUGGUCGUUGCGAUCCUGCGCAUUCUUACUGACAAAGGCCACACUCGCGCUCUUGCCGAGCUUGUACGUGACUUGGUUGAGACUCGCGACCUGUCCGUGGAGUAUCUGUUACCGCUUGUUCCUCAGCUGGAUCGCGACGCUAUGAUGCAUGCUUUGCCACGCGUUGUGUCAGUGCUCGCAGAUGGGUCAGAAGAGCACAAAGUUGCUGUGCAUCAUCUAUUUCAAACGCUCGUGGCCCCAGCCAUGCAGGCAGCCGGUGCUGAAACGGCAAGUAAGCAGCCUACGACGACAGCGAGUCUGACGCCUGUUGAGCUGUUGGUUUUGCUGCAUGUACACGAAAAACAGAUUGGGCUAAAGGCGUCGCUCUUGGCUGUACAGCUUUGCUUUUCAAUGAGCGAGGUAUUCCGCAGCGAUGUCCUGACAGCUGUGCUGAAUCGGCUCGUGGACGAAAAUCCUUUGCCAAUGUUGUUCAUGCGCACAGCAAUCAUGGCGACCAAGUCGUUCCGAACCUUGGGUUCGUACGUCUCGACGUCGUUGCUUUCGCGUCUUGUGCAAAAAGAAAUUGGGAAGGAGCCCCGUCUCUGGGAUGGUUUUGCUUUGUGCGCGAAUUUGCCAGCCCCCACAUCGUUCGGAGCCAUGCUGCAGCUCCCAGCUCCUCAGCUGCUCGAGCUCGUAAGAAAGCAGCCAAGUCUACGUGACCCGUUGCGCGACUACCUCAUAUACAAAGCUGGUGGUCCUGCACGCCAUGGUGCUCUGCUUCAAAUGCUUGAUGGAAACAAUGGUCCAUCCACAUAA